AAAUUUCUCUUCUUAAGGACAACAAUCUCACUGCUGUGUGAAAAAUGGUAUUAUCAGAGUCGACGAUCUUCCCCAAAUGGUUCAAUAAAAUCGACUUUGGUUUUUAGGGUUUUUAUUUAUGGAAUUAUUUGGGGGGAUAAUCCCAUUUUUCACUGGAAUUUCAUUUUAGGAUUUCAUUUUCUUCUUUGUGAGUGAGACCUCACCUGCUAAAGUUGAACGAUGGGAGCUACUCCUGAUUGGAGAACACAACUUCAACCUGAUUCUCGACACAGAAUUCUCACUUUAAUAAUGGAAACUCUGGAGAGACAAGUUCCAAUUUCUCGGCCAGAGGGAUUGGUAGAGCUUAAGAAAAUUGCUGUAAGAUUUGAGGAAGAUAUGUUCACUGCUGCUACAAGUCAGUUGGAUUAUCUACAAAAAAUAUCUAUGAAGAUGCUGACAAUGGAGACAAAAUCUCAGGCAAAUGGAGUUGCUAAUUCUCUAUCCUUAAAUACUGUUGGUGGUAUCCAAAAUCCUCAAGAUCCAGCAUCUCACAGUAUGCAGUCCCAAGGUCGCAACCCAGGGCAGUCACAAAUUCCUUUAGCCGACCAGUCUCAAGUACGGCAGCAGCUGUUUUCCCAGAAUAUAGUCCAAGGAUCUAUAGCAUUGUCAUCUCUGUUGCCUUCAGGGGCCAGUCUCACUCAGUCCUCUAUCCCCAAUGCCGUUAAUCAGGGAUCCAACAUGCAGUCUGGAAUGACACAGAAUUUUUCUGGGAAUCUAGUUGGUCAAGGAGGUGCAGCGUCGAAUAUGUUUGCUAAUUCAACAAUGCAGAUCCAAAGAAGGCAGCUUCCACAACAGAGCGGUCCUCAACAACAGCAGUCUCAAAGUUCGCAGCAGUUUUUGUAUCAGCAACAACAGUUGCAACAACAAGUUUUGAGGCAGAAGCAGCGGCAGCAGCAGCAACAGCUACAAGGAAACAUUCCAUCCUGCAUAAUGCAGUCGCACAUGCAGCAACAACAGCCGCAGCUACAACAGCUAAACCCUAUACAGUCAACUCAAUUGGAAUCUACUUUACAGCUUCACAUGCAAAUGUCAUUUGGUCUUCAGCCAUGCCAAUCCACACUUCAACGGACUCAGCCCUCCUUGAUGCAAUCAUCUUCAGGUCUUCAAGAGAACCCGCAGUCCGCCUUUGCACAGUCCACACCGAAUGUUCAACAACAUCCACAGAGUGUCCUCUGGCAACCAGAGCAACAAGCUCAACAGUCUAUGCACCAACAAGCUCCUGUUCUGCAUCAGCAACCACAUCCGGUUUUGCCUUCACAGCAGCAUCUGCAGCAGCUAAUAAAUGCCUCAAACUUGCAACAUAAUCAGAUAAUUGGGAAACAAAACGAUGUACACGAUAUGCAGCAACGACAGCAGCGGCAGGGGGGGUUGCUAAACCACCAGACCAAUGUCGCAAACAUGCAAAAAAUAUUUACUUGGAAAUAGUAUCCCUCAUCAUCAGCAGCUACGUCAACAAAGU